UACAAAGUAGAUGAAAAAAAAUCAAAUAGGAAAAUGAACGAGAGUGGAAGAAAUAUAAUCAGUGUUGCAUUUUCAUGAUCAAGUUGUGUCUACUUUACCAUCUUACCAACCAUAUAGCAUCAAAAACUACGUAAUGACUCAACCAGAGUGAGUCAGUGUGUCAGAAAAAAUAAAAUGAAGGGUGUUUCACGUUGAUUUAUUUCGUCACAACUUCUUUUGCAAUAUCAACAACCUACUAACCAACCACACAUCACAUCAUAAUGUUCAUUCUGUUGUGACUUUUAUUCGUAUGGUUUUCAUUCCGUUACUUCAAAGUUGUAACAAUUUGACUAUAAAAUGCAAUAGAAAAACCUCAUUCAGCAUCAGACACUCUUGUCAACCUUCAACAAAGACUUCUUUUAGAUCACAAAAAAAAUCAUAAACAAAACAAAUCACCAUGUUCAAAUUCUUGGUGUUCUCUUGCGUUAUUGCCGCUGUUUUCGCCAGACCAGGAGGACUUCUUGCUCCAUCCUUGACUGUUGCUGCUGCUGCUCCAUCUGCAAUUGUAACAGCACCUGCUGCUACAACUAGCAUCAUUAGGACUCCAAUUACUUUGGGCACAACAGCUAUUGCAGCUCCAUUAGGACUCACUACUGGAAUUAUUAACAAUGGCUUGAUCUCCAAUGGUCUUCUCACAAAUGGAUUAUUAUCGAAUGGUUUGAUUUCAAAUGGUUUGAUAUCUAAUGGUCUCAUUGGUAAUGGACUGAUCGCUAAUGGACUUGUUUCCGGUGGAUUAAUCUCAAAGGGAUUGAUUUCAAAUGGAUUAAUUGCCAAUGGAUUAGUAUCAGGCGGUAUUUUGAGCAAUGGUUUGGUGUCAUCCAGAAAAUUGUUGAUCUAAA